AUGAACCUCAUGAUGGGCCUGGGCCUGUUUCUGGCAGGUCUCCUCAGUGUGAAAGGUCUCCUGCAGGCUAGAGAUGCUCCAGAUAUGUAUAAGUCUCCAGUCAAGGUGCAAGAGUGGAGGGGCAAGAAGGACGCCCUAGUGCUCGCACAACGCAACAUGCAAUUUGGCUUCAAGUUACUCCGGAAGCUGGCUAGCAAUGCUCCUUGGCAGAAUAUUUUCUUCUCUCCACUGAGCAUCUCAAUUGCCUUCUCCAUGUUGUCUCUGGGGGCUCAGAACUCCACUCUGGAAGAAAUCAAAGAAGGCUUCAACUUCAAGGGGAUGCCGGACAGGGACAUGCACUCAGGUUUCUACUACCUUCUGCAGAAGUUCAACCAGGAGACACAGGACAUCAAGAUGAACCUGGGCAAUGCCUUGUUUAUGGACCAGAAGCUGAGGCCCCGGCAGAGAUUCCUGAGACUGGCUAAGACUGUGUAUGAUGCGGACAUGAUGCAAACUAACUUCCAGGACUUAGAAAAUGCUCAGAGGGAGAUCAACAAGUACGUCAGUCAGAAAACACACAACAGAAUCAACAAUCUGGUCAGAAGCAUAGACCCAGGCACCGUGAUGCUUCUUGCAAACUACAUUUACUUUCGAGCCAGGUGGCAGUAUGAAUUCAAUCCAAAAGAAACCAAAGAGGGACAGUUCUUCGUAGAGGAAGGCAAGAGCGUGAAGGUGCCCAUGAUGUUCCAUGAGGGCAUCUAUGACAUGGCCUAUGACAGCCAGCUCUCCUGCACCAUCCUAGAAUUGCCCUACAGAGGAAACAUCACGGCCACCUUCGUCCUCCCCGACAGCGGCAAAAUGAAACAACUGGAGCAGGCCCUGAAGACAGACAUCUUUGCCAAAUGGAAAAGCCUGCUCUCAAAAAGAGUUAUGAAAGUGUGGGUGCCCAGGCUCCACAUCUCUGCUACUUACAACCUGAAGAAGGUUCUCUCACGCCUGGGCAUCAGCAAAAUCUUUGAGGAGCAUGGUGACCUCACCAGGAUCUCAUCUCAUCGCAGCCUGAAAGUGGGAGAGGCUAUACACAAGGCUGAGCUGAAGAUGGACGAGAAGGGCACAGAAGGGGCUGCAGGCUCUGGAGCCCAGACACUGCCCAUGGAGACCCCAGUAGAUAUAAAGUUUAACAAGCCCUUCCUGAUAAUGAUUUAUGAGGAGUCCACACCUUCCAUGAUCUUCUUGGCAAGGAUUUCUGACCCUAGUGGGAAAUAA